AUGGACCUUCACUUCUUGAAGAGCCCUGAAGAGGAGACAAGUGGUAGAUUAGGAGCACCUGGCCUGUCCAAAGAAAAUUCUUCAACCUCAGAUGCAUUAACUCAAAUGAUGCGCCAAGAAAAGUCAAUGGACGUGAUUAAAGAAAGUAUUGGCACUUCGGAGGAGGCAAUGAUGGAAGACUGGAGCCUUAGCCUUGAAGCUCUUCUGGAAAAACGACAUCUGCGGACGAUGAUAGCGUUGGAUAACGAUACGCUGGACGACGACGAAAGCCCCUUCAUAUCUCUGGAAGCACCAGAUAGACAUGUUCAAGGAGCUAUAAAGUUGAACAUUCAAACAACCAAGAAACAAAGAACGCCAAAUUACGCUCUACCAAUAAUAGUUGGAGAUGGUGGUGUGGAGCGGACACCCAGCUACGCUCAUCACACUGAUGUUCUCCGAAAUCAUCUUACCGCAGACGAUAAAAUACUCCGGUACGUUCCGUCGGUUGUACAAAAUGAGGAGAAGUUUAUGAAUAAAUUUGAGAAAGACCUACAUGGACUAUACGAGGAAAGAAAUGAUGACCCAAGAGAGAGGGAACAAAUUUAUCAAAUCGAUAGGCAUGUAGAUGUCUUUUUAGAGAAUAUGGGGUACGAUUAUUGCAAUAGGGAGGCACUCAUCAGAUACUAUUUGGGACAUAAACAUGAAAAAUUGCCAUACCCGAUGGAGGAGAAAAGAUUAGUUCUCAAAACACUAGGCGGCCCUCUAUCUGGAGAUGAGCUUAGGAUAAUGGGACUGGUUGCCGAAGAAAUGACCGCAGGCUGUGAUAUUGACAUGGGAGAUGUGGUCCUGUCUAAGUCCCGGUUCAAAGUGUUGGUCGAGGAUUCAAAGGAUAAAUUAUACAAACUAUCAGGGAAUCAACCUCCUCCUCCAGAAAGGCUGGGGACAAUGGCAGGAUUCUCUUGCCUAAUCUGCCAUGGUGCUGCCUGUACAACCCAUGGUGAGUUCAAGAACAAUCUUAGUGAUGGUUCCUCGGAAAUCGGUUCGCCUGAUUCAUCAUCGUCCAAGAAGUCAAAUGACGAUCAUAAGUGGAAAAGAUUUGUGAUGUACAGUUCAGAUGUCAUGCGAAAACACAAUGCUCGAGAUCACAGUAACAAGAAUGAGAAUUGGCACCCAGAGCAUUGGAAUACCGAGAAAGAUACGGCAGAAGCAUGCGGUGAAGAAUGCUACCGUGGAAGGACUGAAUGGGCGAAUCAUGCCUGGACGCAAGAAGAAGAAAGCGAGCUCAAAAGUAUACUGCUAGUAACCAAACCCAAAAAGCCAUGCACUCUUGUGGAUAUUCUUGAUAAACCCUGCUGGCAGAUCUAUUCCAAAAUCCUCGACCUUGAGGAAGAAAGCUCCAUCAGCAGGAGUAAAAGUCUCCAGAAGCAGCAGCAGAGCGAGCGAGCACAUUGGUACGACCCCGCAGCAGUACCUAGGAAUCGUGGCCUCAAACCAGGAUGGAGAGAUAGCACCGUGGCACAUAUGGCCGAGCUACGCGCCCAGCCAGGUCCUUGCCUACAUGAAGGUCCUUGUCGCCGCGAGCUGAACUGCUACUGCGUAAUCCACAAUCUUCUCUGCGAACAAUUCUGCGGAUGCACAGAAGACUGUGUACGACGGUUCGCUGGGUGUUCUUGCCGUUCAGAGGGUCUUGCUUGUACUUCCGAUACCUGCAUUUGCUUUCAAAUGAACCGCGAAUGCGGUGAUCAAUGCGAUACUUGUGGAGCAAUUCCCCGGCUUCGACCGCAAGACCGUUACAACCAUGAACUCUUUCAGCAUGGCUGUCAGAAUAUAGCUUUGCAACGGGGAGUCAAUAAAAAGCUCAUCCUGGGAAAGUCUCCAAUCCCAAACGCCGGCUUUGGACUUUUCACCGCAGAACCCGUAAAAAAAGGAGAUUUUAUUAGUGAAUAUACCGGGGAAGUAAUUUCUGAUAAAGAAGCCGACCGCAGAGGAGUGGGUUAUGAUGCAAGACGCUUGAGUUAUCUGUUCGGUCUGAAUAAGGAGUGGGUUAUUGAUGCUACCCGGAUGGGGAAUAAAACGCGAUUUAUCAACCACGCUAAGUCGGAAGCCGGAGGCACGAAUUGCUUCGCAAGGGUUCUAUUUGUUCAAGGGGAAUAUAGGAUUGAGUUCCGUGCUACUCGAAAUAUUUUGAUAGGGGAGGAAUUACUUUUUGACUAUGGUACGUCGUUUGCGGAGAUCCACGACUUGAAUAAGAAAAGUGGAGAUGGGAAAGGAAAGACAAAAGGGAACAAGGGGACAUCUAACGAAUCGAGUGAGAAAAAGAGCGCCAAGAAUGGAAAGAUAGGGGAGAAGAGAAAAGUGGGUUGGCCAAAGGGAAGACCAAGACCGAAGGCGAGCAAGAAGGCCAAGGUUCAUGAGUACGGUGUUGCGGGCCCAUCAAACGCACAUUCACAUUCACGUUCACAUUCAAAUUCGGAUCAAGGAGUAGAUGACGAUAGCGAUGAGAUGAUGCUAGAUGCCGAUUCUCCUCUCUUUCCUGAUAUGAUACAAGACAGUGAUUCGGCAGACGAAACAUUUGUUGGUAAAUUAUCAGAUGUUGAGAUGAGGGAUGCGGGAAAUGGAGAUGGUGGUGACGGUGAGAAUGAGGAUGAGGAAAGAGUUAGAAGAACGAGCCGGACGAGGACGGUGCCUGUGAGGUAUACCCUGUAA